UUUGAUUUGUGAUAACCAGGGUAAGGGUCACCCUGUAAAAGCCAAGCGCAGUAGUCUUUACCUUCAUAACACAUUUUCAUGUUUGAAAAUGAGUAGGAGGGCAACGAAGACUCAGCAGACCCCCUUCAAAGUGCCAGACCCUGACAGUAUUUUUCAAUUAAGUAUGAAUAGAAGAGGACACCAAAAAGAGGUUAGUGUGCAUCUCUUUAUUCAACUAUCUAAAAACAUAUGUUCGAACAUAUAUUAAUCCACACAUACUUGGCAUGAAAAAAGAUGAAGUGUAUCAAUCUCCUCUUUGCACAGAGCGUGGGAAGGGUCCUGGCUUUGCCAACUGAUGAGAUGACAACCAAAUUGAAAAUGGAAGUGAAGACAGGCCCAGUAGAACAAAGAAAGGAGGAAAAGGGAGAAAUAAAAAAGCUCAAGGGAAUAAGUCAAACAAAGACGAGAACAGUUUUCCAUAAACAAACAACUAGAAGAGAGGAACUCAAGACAGCCAUGAUGAGAAAAGGUGAGUGGAGUUGUUUAUUUUGAGAUUUUCUUUAACCACGUGUUUGACUUGCUUGUGUAAAUGCUGUUGCCCUGGUGACUCAUUCAGUAGAGUGUGCCGAUGCUCAGUCUCUUACACAGCACUCAAGACCCUUUGCUACAUGUCAUCUUUUCUCUGGCUGUCAUCUUUAUCAUUCUCUACUUGCUAAAUGUAGAAAUGCCAAAAGUAUUUUUAUCUCUCUGUUUGUAGACGCCCCAAUGAAAGACAGCAAAUAUGAAUUCAUCACCAUGGAACGGCAGAAAGCUAUUUUGGAGGUAAAGUAUAUUAUGUUUGGUAAGAGCUUUAAAAACUGGUGGAACUUUCCUUUACAAAAUAUGUAAGCGCUGUGGUUUGAACAACAAUUUGCAACCAAGGAGUCGUUUUCAACUCUGACCUGUGAAUCUGACUGCUUCCUGAGAGCUUCUAGUGAGGUGACCAAGCAUUUGCAGUUUGUGCUCAACAGCUGUUGAACUCUCUGAGGACACCAGGAAAGCAAAUUCAGUCCCCUCUUUAAAUCUCUCCUCUGUUGUCUGGCUUUCUCUCUACUGCUGUUAUACUUGUCUCUUUCCUCAUGCAUUAUUUAAGUAUGGGAUCCUUCUCUCCUCCUCAGUUUUCUUUGAUGAUGAAAAAAUCUGCAAUUUUGGAGAUGGACAAUGCCAUUGCAAAAGAGGAGAGACAACUGAAAGAGCUUGAGACAAUUAUUGAGAAAGACAACCUCAAAUUUGAAGCGGUCCUCAGGGAGAAUGAGAAGAAGUCGGUGGAGGCCAGGACUUUGUAGGUGUUGACUGCUUUGUUAAGUCCAGAAAUGUAAAUUUUGCUUUUGGCACAUUUGUAACUUUGUCUCUGUUUUCAGUUUUGAACUGGAGGCCAAAUCCAAACAGGAGAAGAAUGUUAAAAUCAAGAAGCUGAUGGCAAAAAUAGGGUCCAUAAUAAGGUAGCGCUCUGAUGUACAUGUCUCAUGUUUUAGUGCAGUUAUAUACCAACCAAAAGUUGCAGUAUGAAACACUAGUAUAGCCCAAUACUCUUUAUUAUGCCAAGUGCAUUGAACCCUAAUGCUUCUAACAGGGGUACCCACAUUUAGCAGAAAUGUAGUUGUUACUGCUGAGAUACUUUAUUUCAUCGUUCAUGCUUUCUUUUUUAUGUGAAACGUUUGAAGGACAAGGGUCAAAGCUGUUAUGUUUGUUCCACAGUGAACUCACUAAGUUUGAAGAGACCCUGAUAGACUACAAGAGAUACAAAGAACUUCUGUUCAAGUUGUCUCCUCCAGAGUGGCAGCAGGCUCAGAGGACUGAAGCUUUGAAAGCCCUGUCUCAGGACAAGGGGGCCAGGGAUGAAUCAGCCAUUUGCAGUGGUAAACCUGGAGUGAAUUUUAAUCUUUUUUUCAUUUUAACUCAUUUUGUUGAAGUAGAGAUAAACAGUGCUGACAGAAUGAUCUGAAUGAAUGGUAAAAUCGACACAGAUUUGGAGCCCAAGGAUUCCACUCCUGGCAAAGAGCUGCCGUCCAUCGAGGAGAUCCAGCUGUCCCCAGCUGACAGUGACACACUGUAAGAAAACACACGCUUUGAUUGAGGAGUUUAUCUUUUACCUUUGCAGUGAUGAUAAAUAACAUGGGAAAUACAAAAUUCACUGACAUAUUCAUCAAACUGAAAAAAAAAUCUUUUGAUAAACCAUGUAACUUAAAGUAAUAUUUUCACCCAUUGAGGGUCAUGGGUUCAAAUGAAUGUUGUCAUUUAAACAUGGAGAACUUUCAGAAAAAAAUCUCUGUUAUGAUGCUUGAUCAUUUUUUAAAACAUGUUGGACAUUCAUCAAAAUUGUGUUUGCAUGAUUCAGAAAGUAUUUCUUAUAGAGCCUUAACCUUGACUUUGGUCUUUCAGUGCGAUAAGUUCCACACUGGAGAGGGACAGCUCUGAAUUUGACGUAGGUAUUUUUCAAACAGAAAAUCUACUUGACCACAUGUCUUUUUUCUUCCUUGUAUUUAUUGGCAUUAUGCUGACUUUGUAUAUCUCCUUUACUUGUGUCCUUGUUAAUACUCUCUUUAGAAUGAGCCGGUGCUGUACUUCACUGAUCCUCAGCAGCUGCUGGACCUGAUUAAAGAGCUGACAGAGCAAAACUUAUCCCUCAUUCAGAACUCUUCAAGGUUGGUGGAGACUCUGGAGGAGUCCCGUCGGUCGAUGGACACGACCAGGAAGAAAAUGUAGGCAUCACAGGUUAUUGAAGGGGGUUUAAGAUUUUGCUACUUGGCCAAAUUCUUUCUAAUGACACCAAAUUAUUCCCAUUAACUUAAAUGAAGAUCUCAAUGUUGAUUUUCUUUUUUCAUGCAUUUGGAGACACUCUUGGGAUAAGCUUGUGCUACAUUAAACUGUAUAGUGAAAAAUCUAAUACAGAAGCGCCAUCUUUCUUAAGCCUCUUUUGAUGAAAUAGUCAAAUUUCAUUUAGUUCAUUUUCUGCAUUUGUUAAAAUAUAUUUACUUGCUAUUUCAGAUCUUUUUCAGCUUUGCUUUUUUCAUGUUUUACUUAAUUCUCAAACUUUUUGCACAUCUGUCUUUUUCUUUUGUUAUAAAGUGAAAAGGAGGAAGACCAACUAACAUUGCAGAUAAACAAAAUGAUCCAGAAAAUUGAUCAGGAGAAAGCAAAAGGCACCAAGCUCAAACAGAGGGUUGAGCUCCAUGUCUCAUUGAACACAGAAGAUCAGGUUAGGAGCAGAAUACGUAUGAUGCCAUAUACUAAUGACUCUCUAUUUUUAAUAUAAAAAUAUGGAAGAUCAACUACGUGUUUGGCUGUACACUUCCUUUUCCAACUGACAGGACAUAAUGCGGGACACCCUGGAUGAGAAGGUAGCAGAGGUCCAUCGCUGCUGUGUGGAGGACAGGAUAACUAACCUCAGUACCCUGGAGAAGUUGACAAAUAUUGAAAAACACAUGUUUUCCCUGCUUCAAAGCAUUGAGAGCAUCCCCGAAGAAAGCUUAAGGAUGAUGAAAAAGAUCAAAGACAGUGAAAGGAGGAGCAGGUAUGUCUUUAAUAGGUUUUCUGAAGAAUGCAAUUCAAGUUUCGUAAAUUCACAGACAAGUUGCUUCUGUCCCAUUCAGGUGUGUACAAAAAGCUUUAUUAAAAGAUAACAAUUAAUCAUGUAGAAUUACAACAGCAGCAUUGAGUUGUGCACCGACUAUAGUAUACAUAUUUAAUGUAGUGGUACUGGAUGAGGUUCUCUGUUUGUAAGCAAAUGGCAGUGGAAGUACAGCUCAAAUCUUAAAUCAGAAAUUGCACUCAAACUGGACUAUGUUUGAAUCUACACACAGCUGGUGCAACCCAGUGCUUUGAUGUUCAUCAAUUAACCAAGUAAACAAUUUUUUUAUGUUGUUUAUUUUGUAUUUCUUUAUCUUCAGUCACGUUUGCAACAUUAUUUUUUCAUCCAACAACCCCAGAAUGCCCUUAUUGAGGAAAGAAAGUACUUCAGACCUACCACUUUGUUAUGUAGAGUUAAUUGCAUCAGUAUAUACAGGAAGAAACUGCUCUGCAUAGGGGAUGCGUGAUACAGGAAACCCACACACUAUGCUUUCCAGACAGUUUCAGGUCAUUCAGUUGUUGAGAAUUUUGUUUCCUUUCACAAUUAUACCUCACAGCAGGAGACUGUACAUGAUAAAUGUCCUCUUACAGCUGCUAAUACUUUGUGUGUCUGGGGUUUUCUGGUGAGAGGUUGCAGGUGGAGGAGCAGUCUUUUUUGAUUGAUGUAUUUUUUUCUUGAAGUGAAGAUCUCCCCCUUAUCAAGUGUCCAUGACAUUGCAAGUUUCUCCAUCCAGGACAGUGUCAUUAAUGCUGAACGAUUUUUCAGGUUUUGGAGCAACAUAUGCUGCGGUUCAGGAUACAUGCCCCUGUCCCAACUGUUUAAAUUGUGUUGUUGGCAUAACAUUUAAACUGAGCAUAUAGUAUUUCAUCAAAUAUUCAUGAAUUCUACUCUUUCCCAUCAUCACGUUGCAGGCACCGUGAGCAAAGGCUGAAGGAGCAGAGAGAAAAACAGCAAGAAAGGAUGAAAAGAUACUUGGAAAAAUCCUUGGCUGACUCCAAGAGAACAGUAAGUAAUUCCCUCAAAUAGUGCUUCAUACAGCCUGUUAUGAUACAUAAUUUUAGUUUUGCCGAUGUUUAACAUCAAAACUUUAUCUUAGUACAAAAUCCACUUGCUUUGUCGUCUAAAGUGGAUGUUGAACCUAAACAGGAGAAGUUUAGCUCUCUAACAGAAGAGUAGCAACCAACACUACUCUGCCCUGAUUUUUUAGCAUGUCUGUGCUAACUGCUAACUAUGAUGUGGACAGCAUUUUAACUCACACACAUUCACAAACUUAUUUUAUGGAAGUAACUGGUGCCAGGCCAGAAAAAGAAUAAAGAGAGGCACAGCUGUCUUGAUGGACAGGCGAGCACAUUGUAGCUGUUUACAAGGAGGCUAAAGGCUUGCAUCUGGUAGGCUGAGCAAAUGUUAGGUUAAGUGAGCAUUUCCAUUUGGCAACUGACGCCAUAGCCCUCAAAAUUCUAUCACAAACAAAUGGGAAGCUCUUACCCACACUAUAUCCAUGCGUAAUACAGACUAUAGCCAAAAACUACAAUCUGAGAUUGCCUGCGAGCUUUCCAUCAUGCACUCUCACUUUGAUACUCUCACACGUAUGCAAAUGCAACACAGGGUAUUUAUGAUUUAUGAAUUACUGAUGAUCAAAAACUAGAAAUAAAAAAGUAAAAGAACACCUUUCAAACCUCUGAGUAAUAUGAACUUCUUUUAUUUCAGAGUACAAGAAAGCUCAUGCCCAGAUGCUUUCCUGUUGCCCAGAAACCAAAAGUGAGCCAUGGUGACAACACCUCUGCUGAAAGAGACAUCCAUGCAUUUCUUUUAACACCUGAGGACAUACACUAAAGAGGUGUCCUUAAGAAAAUAUUGCAGUCUGGUAGCAGUGAAAAUCAUUUAUUGGCUUGCUUUCUCUGUGCUU